AACAAAUGCGACUUGGAGAACAUAAGGGCUGUGAGCAUAGAAGAAGGCAAAAGCCUGGCAGAAUCUGAAGGAAUGUUCUUCAUGGAGACAUCUGCCCUCGAUUCAACAAACGUAAACCAGGCUUUCGAGAUUGUGAUUCGAGAGAUCUAUAAUAGUGUUAGCAGAAAGGUUUUGAAUUCUGACUCGUAUAAAGCGGAAUUAUCUGUCAACAGAGUUAGCCUGGUCAAUGAUGGUACCGAUGGAUCGAAAAAAAAUAAGGGCUAUUCUUGUUGUUCUAGGUGAUUUAUGUUGUCCUCUUUUUUUUGUUACCCUAAAGUUUACAAGAACAGUUAUAUGAAUGGUUCAUUAAAUUAUUUUUGUUGGUCUUACUGUUUAUUGAUUUGUUAAUGGUCAGAAACUUGAUAUUUGUAUUCUAAAUGGCAGCUGAAAUGAAAAAUGUUUCUUUUCUCCAA